UCGAGUCCCAUAUGUGGAAAAAAAGCAUAGCGUUGCACACACAAGCCUGUCUGCUCCAGGGAUUAUCUAUCUGGUUCUGAAUUUGUGCGGAGGAAAUGCAGGGAUGAAAAGGGUUGGGUAUUGUAAAGUCCCAGUACAAGCACAGGCCAACGAUGGAUUAUAGCCGGACAGACGCCAACCUGGGUUUUCCUGCAAAACUGUCAUCUUAAAAGAGACCCAGUUCGCAGAAUGCUGAGUCCCAUUGUUCCCUAUAGCCUAUUGAAGAUGCACUGGAAUCCGGAGCAUGCCCAGCCCCUUAGCCAGUGGCCUGAGCAGCAUUUGGACGUGUCGUCCACUACCUCCUCCCCCGCCCACAAGUCGGAGCUCUACCCCGGUCGUGGCCAUGGCCGCGGCGCCUACAGCUACGCCUGGGCCAACGAUGACAUCUCGGCGCUCACCGCCUCCAACCUGCUCAAGCGAUACGCCGAGAAGUACUCGGGCAUGCUGGACUCGCCGUACGAGCGGCCCUCCGUGGGCGCCUACCCGGAGACGGCCGGUGGCGCCUUCGGCAGCCUGAGCGUCCAGAAGAGCGAGCUGGAGCCCUGGCCGCUGACGCACGGGUCCGACGGCUCCUACCCUCUGGUGCCGGCGGCGCACGACGGACUCGGGUGCCCCAAGGUGGUCACACCGGCCUCGGUGGGGCCCCCCGGAGGCUCGUCGGUCAACAGCAGCCUGUCGGACUCGGCCUACAGUGGGAGCAGUUCCUGCAGCGGCCCGCACUCGAGCGACUACCCGCCCGCCUACAACGGCACCUACCUCUCAUCCGGCUACUGCCCGCAGCCCGGCUCCACACUGCCCCCUCCGACCUCCCUUCACACCCUGCAGCCCACACCCACCCUGGUGCCCAGCUACGCGCCCUCCACGCCCGUCUACAACUACCCUCCCAACACCUACCCCCACCAGACCAGCCUGGCUCCCAGCUACAGCCACCCGGGCACCCCGUACCUGGCGUCAGGGCUGGCCGCCCCCACCCCGCUGCCCUCGCGCCCCACCGUUGUGGGGGGCAGCUACGGCUACCAGACCUCUGGGCUGGGCGGGGGUUCCGAGUCGGGCGCGGGCUCUCUGAAGAGGAAGGCGUUCGAGAUGAGCCUGGAUGAGGAGGACGGUACCGAUGGCGCCGCGCGCUACAGGAAGUACGGCUAUGACCCCAUGAAGCCCGGCGACGACUCACCGUACGGCCUCGGCGACAAGACCGAGUGCCGCGGCAACGGCUUCGGCUCGUCCGGCGCCGACCCCCAGCAGCAGCAGGGCUUCAAGCCCAGCAAGCCCAGCCAGGGCGGCAUGGCCGGAGGGGAGGACGUGGGCAAGUACAGCGGACUCAAGCCUCUGGUGUCCCCCCAGUACGGCGCCGCAGGAGGCGACUACAGUCCCCCGGCGGCCAUGACCGGUGAGAACGGCGGCAGCGAGCAGGGCUUCUCGCAGCACCGCUCCGGCUCCCUCAAGCGUCCGGCGGCCGGCUCCGGGGAGCCCCUGAAGGGCGCCGAGCCCCACAUCCUGGAGCUGGUGACGGGCGAGCUGCAGGACUGCGGUCCGGCGCUGCUGUGGGGCGAGCUGGCCGGCCACGUGCACCUGAAGGCGGCGCUGGAGGAGGAGCUGCUGUGGCCGGCGCUGCGGCCCAACCAGGGCGGUCAGCCGCGCCCGCCCCGGACCCUGCUGCUGUUCGGCCCGCGUGGCGGCGGCAAGACGACGCUGGCGCGCUCGCUGGCCUCGCAGCUGGGCGCUACCCUCUACCGGCUCAGCGCCGCCGCCCUGCUGGGCAAGUGGAAGGCCGAGGCCGAGCAGGUGCUGGCGACCCUGCUGGCCGUGGCGGCUGCGCGCGCGCCCUCACUCGUCUACAUCAGCGAGCUGGAGGCUCUGGAGGAGGCCGACGCUGGCGGCGUCCGGCAACAGCUGCUGGCAGCGCUGGACAAGGCCCAGCACGGGCCCAGCGGGGGCGGCUCGUCGGCGGGGGCCCCGCCACUCUUCCUGGCCUGCGCCACGCGCCGGCCCGACCUGCUCAAGGAGCCGCUGCUGCGCAGCUUCGCCAAGCGCUACCACGUGGGCCUGCCGGACGGUGGCGCGCGCCGACAGGUGCUCCUGCAGACGCUGGCGGUGCCGGGCUGCAGCCUGAGCGAGCGCGAGCUGACCGCUGUGCUGCAGCGCUCCGAGGGCUUCACCGUCUGCCAGCUGCUGCAGCUGUGCCAGCAGGCCGUGGCGUCGGCCGCCGGAGUGUCCGGCUCGGUCGGUGGGGGCCUGCACGGCCUGGGCGCGCCCCUCGCUGCCCCCGCCUUUAAAGACUUUGAGAACGCCUUCUGCAAGGUACGCCCACACAGCAGCCCCAAAGAACUGGACACUUGUAUGGAGUGGAGCAAGGUAUACAGCCAUUGAGAAACAGAGAGAAAGAAAAGAGAGAGAGAGAGAGACUGAGAAAGGGAGAGACCAGUCAGCCACUGUUUGUAGUAUGGGGGAGGACUGCUGAUCCUAUCUUCUUCUCUUUGCUUUUUCAUGUGCAAAGCCUUGUAGAGUUUUUUUGUAACUACUUAAUGACAGCCAAACGAAUGGGGUUAAGAUGGGGGAUUUCAUUUGGGUGAGGAGCCAUUUGAAUUGUUGUAGCGGGAGACAUGGCUUCUGUCCCUUAUAAAUAUACAUAUACUUUAUUUUUCCCAAAGAAAAAAAAACAACAUAUUAGGCCUUUUCUUGGAUAGGGCCAUUUGAGUUGUUUUGGCGGCUGACAUGAUGGGAGGUCUGAAUUCUUUACAUCGGGUUUUCACACAGAGUCCGAUUAGCCUUGAUCCUGGACUAAACCUGGAGAUUUAGCCCUUAGGUUUCGGAUAAUCAAGUUUAAGAAAAAAUCCCCACAGUUUGCAACUCUCAGGAUCCUAUUUAUUGCCAGUCCACUCCAGUGGCAUUGUAUUUUUUAAUAUGUCAUUUUACUUUAAUUGAUCAUUUGGUAUUAAAAGGGCUUAGGAUAUAUUAGAGCAACUAUAUUGUUUUUCUCGACCAAAAAAAGAAGAUCCAAGAGUAAUGUACAGGUCAAGAGUACCAUAACGCUUCACACCAGUGUCUCACUCACCUGCCCUUGGCACAGUACUUCAUGAGAUCGCCACUGCUUUCCUGGGCGUAUGUCCGACGCAAACGAGUCAUGAAGCGAAAACCGUAUUCUACUGAGCGAAACACCAGACACUGUAGACCCAUCUGAGAGGGCGAUCAUGUGUGCACUUUUGUUGUUUUUUCAUAGCACGUGUCAUGUGUGAGUAUCUUUCGCAAUGACCUUCAGCAACUUAACGCAGCAACUUAGCGCAGGCCCACCGAACAGCACUGCUUAGCACAGCCACGGCAACAUGUAGAACGCAGCACAGUGCACACACACGUACACACACACACACACACACACACACACACACACACACACACAAACACACAUGCACACACACAUAUACACACACUACGGUUCAGCUGAUGUUUCUAACCCCUCCACACACCGACCAGCCCAAGACCACCACUCGGGUGCUCAGGUGGCUGCUUUUUGAUGUUUGACUUAAGUUUUUUUUUUGUUUUGUUUUGUUUUAUUGUUUUGUUCCUCUUAGUAUAUCUAGUCUGGUUUGAAAUACUCAGGAAAAAAUGUCUUUACCUCAGAAAUAAUGAAUAAAAAAGAAUGUAUGUAACCCUAGGGU